CACACCCUCUGGGGCUGCCUCAGCCUCAUCUCAAGAUGAUGAGUAAUGAACGGUUUGUGGUGCGUUUGGUCUGCCCGUGUCAGAGACCAUUUAGCCCCCUGGGAGUACAAAACUACAGUCAGAGCUUCCAUCAUGUCAUCAUUCAGUGCUUCAUUGUCGGAGGAGCAUUUCCAUUGCUCAAUCUGUCUGAACGUCUUCAGCGACCCGGUCACUACGCCCUGUGGUCACAACUUUUGCAAAACCUGUCUGAGUGAGCACUGGGACAAGAGCGAUUUAUGCCACUGCCCGAUGUGCAAUAAGAGAUUCCACGUGAGGCCUGAGAUCUCCACAAAUGUGGUCAUGGAGGAGAUUUCAGUCCAGAUAAAGAAGAGGAAAGUUGCGACGCCUGACAGCGCUGAUGCACCGUGGCAGGUGACGUGCGACGUGUGCUCAGAAGUGAAGCUCAAGGCCCUGAAGUCCUGUCUGGUGUGUCUGACGUCAUACUGUGCAGCCCACCUGGAGCCUCACCAAAGAGUGCCCUCCCUGAUGAGACACAAGCUGACUGACCCUCUGGAGAACCUGGAGGAGAGGGUCUGUGAGAAACAUGAGAGGCUCCUGGAGCUGUUCUGCAGGGGUGAACAGGUGUGCAUCUGUCUGCUGUGCAGUGAGACAGAGCACAAACACCACCAGACUGUGCCUGUUGAAGAAGAAGGGGCUCAACAGAAAAUAAACAUUGAGUCCAAGAAAGAAAAGAUCAACGUGAUGAUUGAGGACAGAAUGGAAAAGAUAAAGGAUUUCACAGACUCUUCUGAAAUGAGCAGAAAAAAAGCCAACAAAGAGAUCGACGACAGUCACAGGCUCUUCAGUACUCUGAUGAAUCAUGUGCAAGAGACACAAUCUAAACUGAAAUGGAAUAUCGAGGCGAAGCUCAGGAAAGCACAAGCCAAAGACAAAGCGAUGAUUGACGCGCUGCAGGAGGAGGUCAUCCAGCUGCGGAGGAAGCACACUGAGUUGGAGGAGCUCUCGCAAAGUGACGACCACCUUCGCCUCCUGCGGACUCUGCAGGACUUGAGCACAGUAUCGGUCACCAAGAACUGGUCUCAGAUCAGGGUUUACUCAGACCUGUGCAUGCAGACAGUGAGGAGAGCCGUGACUCAUCUCGUGCACACUUUUCAAGCAGAACUGAAAACUUUGACAGAAACGGAGCUGACCAGGAUGAGACAAUAUAAAGAGUCCGUCACCUUUGACCCAGCCACGGCGGGUUGUUAUCUUGUGGUGUAUGAAUUCGGCAAACGUUUGAAGUACUCCAAAAACGCAAGCCCUUCAUCGUCUGAAGACUUCGAGAGGUUCGACCAUCCCGUGGUCUUAGGGACGAAGGGCUUCACCUCUGGCCGUCACUACUGGGAGGUCCAAGUCGGCCUGAGAACCGACUGGGAUGUUGGUGUUGCCAAGGAAACGGUACCUAGAAUGGGGAAGAUCGCUCUGAAAAGACAAAAUGGUUUCUAUGCCAUUGGAAAGAGGGGCAGUGAUUAUGAAGUUCAUUGUACGCCCUACACAGUCCUUCACCUGUGUCCCAGACCAAUAAAUGUGGGAGUGUAUCUGGACUAUAACGAGGGUAGAGUCUCUUUCUAUGAUGUGGACAGGAAGCUGCACAUUUACUCUUUCACAGGAGAGUCUUUCACAGAGAAACUGUUCCCAUACUUUUAUCUUUACAGCUGGGCCAAGAAAUCGAAGCCUUUGGUUAUCAACAUUAUUUAAGAUGACGCA